CAUCCUUCCGACAACACCUGCCUUUGUGCUGCAUGCAGAAGAGGGCUGGACUUCUUCGUGAAUUCAUACUUUUUAUAUCUCCACUCAACAGGGCCGCUGAACCGCCUUUCCCAGCACCACACCUCACACGAUACCGUGGGUCUAGCAAAGAUGCAGCCACUCUUCCCAUCCCAGAAGACGCUCCAGAGCGUCUUUUCGGCCUCGUCCCCUUUGACACUCCACAAGACGGACUGGACCCCGAAACCGCGGUCGAGAUAUGAAGCACCCCGCGGCGUCUUCAAUACCUGGAGCGCCAUCGACGACGCAAAGAACAAGGCAGGGCAAUUGAGCAAUGCCGCCAUCCAAGAGCUGGAGAAAGGCAGUGCAAAGGCCCAGGCGAAGGCGGGCAAUAUCGAGAUGUACUCUUUGCAGUACUAUGCGGCCUGCACGUUUGGUGGACUGCUGGCUUGCGGGACUACGCAUACGUUUGUGACGCCACUGGACCUGGUCAAGUGUCGACGACAGGUGGACUCGAAGAUGUAUAAGGGUAAUAUUGAGGCCUGGGGAAAGAUUGGGAGGGCGGAGGGGUUCAGGGGGAUCUAUACAGGAUGGGGUCCUACGUUCUUCGGCUAUUCUGCUCAAGGCGCUUUCAAAUAUGGCGGAUAUGAGUACUUCAAGAAGACAUUUGCCGACCUCGUAGGACCUGAAAACGCAUACAAGUACAAGACGGUGCUUUACCUCGGUGCCAGUGCGUCGGCUGAGUUCAUUGCCGACGUUGCGCUUUGUCCUUUCGAGGCAGUCAAAGUCCGCAUGCAGACGACUAUUCCGCCAUUCGCGAAGGGGACGUUUCAUGGAAUCUCGACCAUCACUGGCAAGGAAGGCUUUGCAGGGCUUUACAAGGGCCUCUACCCACUCUGGGGUCGCCAGAUUCCUUACACGAUGAUGAAGUUCGCUUCCUUCGAAACCAUUGUCGAAAUGAUAUACUCCUACCUCCCCGGCACCAAAGCCGACUACUCCAAGUCUGCGCAAAUCGGCGUCUCCUUCACCGGUGGCUACAUGGCCGGUAUCCUCUGCGCUAUCGUCUCUCAUCCCGCCGAUGUCAUGGUCUCGAAGUUGAACGCCAAUCGCCAGCCCGGUGAAGCCUUUGGAGCCGCUAUGGGCCGUAUCUACAAGGAUAUCGGCUUCGGUGGCCUCUGGAACGGAUUGCCCGUUAGGAUUGUUAUGAUCGGUACCUUGACUGGGCUGCAGUGGAUGAUCUAUGAUUACUUCAAGGUCUUCUUGGGGCUGCCUUCUACUGGCGGGCCGGCACCUCCUCCAAAGGAGCUCAAGGCGUAAGGUCAGGAACGAAAGCUUGAGGUUUGACCGGUGCUUAGCCAGCCGUCUCGGUCAGCGCGACGAAGCUUCUUGCGAUGGUAACAGUUUACUCGGGUUGGGUUUCUUGUGGUCUGCGUCUGCGUCUGCAAUCGGGGAUUUCACUGUUUCGGUCUCCCUUGUAAUUAUAACUGUGGAAGUUUUACUGUACACGAAUUAUACCUAUGCUCCAUUCUCAACAAAUCCCAGCCGUCUCCAGUUACUCGCAAGCGUAACUCGGGAAGGCAGCAAUACGAACUACAUGCGG